GUGUGGAAAGACUCAAAUCUGACCCUAAUGCUUUCAUGUGAUUGCGCACCUCAAUAAUGCAAGACGUCAUCUAUACGCGCUAAACAAUACGUCAAAGACACGCGAGCCGUAAACAAGUAGGAAGAUCUCAAACUACGCCUAUAUUUCAAUGAUGUAGCUGCCGAGGUACUGGUAGGUCAUAAGCUCCUCUUCCCCAGGUUUUCUACUCCGCAGUUGUAACAUCACCAAACAUACCUACACGGAUAAACAUCAGCAACAAUGGUCGACACGUCGCAUUCCAAAUCCGUCCGCGGCACCCUAUCAAACCCAAAGACCAAAGAAGCAAUCAAUUCCACCAAAUCCACCCCCGAUCUAGGGGAUGGCACGAGUCUAAAACCCGCCAACGACGACAAAAAGUCUCUCCCAUCAAAUGAUUCCGCUCCACCAGCCGGUCAAGGGAAUGAUACACCGUCUGCCUCCUCAUCCUCAUCUUCAUCUUCAGAUUCUGCUCCCACAGUCUCAGACCCUUAUCGCAAAGCUGGUACAAGCGCUGGCGGCGGCGACAAAAAAGCCAUAGGCAAUGGCGGAAACGUAGAGGGUCGAAACAUGGAAGAUGGGAAGCAAGGAGGUAAGAAGAAUGAGGCAAAGGAGAAUCUUCCACAUAGCAAAAAAGUACGAGGUACACUAGCAAACGACGACGGGGCAAAGGUGAAUAAGACGCAACUCGGCGAUCCAGCGAGCUUGAAAGCGGAGACGAGCAAUACGAAGGACAUGGGGAGGCAGACGGAAAGGGAGGGGCAAGACAAGAGUGGGAAGAGUAAACUGUAGAUCAUGUGGAAGGAAUAUGGGAUUGAGAUUUAUAUGUAGAUUUGGUUAUGUGAAUUUAAGGUCGUCUACAUCGUUAUUGGGUAUCUCUCUA